CCUGGUCUAUCCGCACAGACAGUCUGCUAUGAUAUACUCUCAGCUGGAUAUUAGAGGGGGUCCGUGGUGUGUUUGAGGGGACGGUUGUUUGGGACGGGUUUUGCGUGAAUGUGAGGUCGCUUUAGUCGCUCUUUUGUUUUAUUUUUUAUUUUUUUUUAAAUCAAGGAAAGCUGUGAAAGCUUUAGGACCGCUGUCCGCUUCACCACAGCGUUCAACAGUAUGGCUGCUGUUCUCACCAUGCUCCUCUUCGUCUUUCACAUCUUCACUGUUUCAGCACUGCAAACAGCAUCUGGACAAGACUCCUCGCAGAGAAGCCCGCACCUCACUGGCUGCGUGUCCAAUAACAUGGAGACUUUCUACUGCAGAUGGGAUGUCGGCACUUUCCAGAACCUGUCCGAGCUGGGCGAUGUUCGCUUAUUCUACAUGAACAAAAAACUCCCCAAUGCCUCUCCUAAAGAGUGGAGUGAGUGUCCUCAUUACAGCACAGACAGGUCAAACGAGUGUUUCUUCAAUGAAAACUAUACAACCAUCUGGACAUAUUACAGUGUCCAGCUCCGCUCAAGGGAUCAAGCCGUCCUGUAUGACGAGAACCUCUUCAACAUCGAAGACAUUGUGCAACCAGAUCCACCUUUCGGACUGAACUGGACUCUGCUGAAUGUAAGCGUGACCAGCACGUUCUAUGACAUAAUGCUGAGCUGGAAGCCACCUCAGUCUGCAGACGUGGAGAUGGGAUGGAUGAGACUGCAGUACGAGGUCCAGUACCGCAGCAUUGACUCUGACCGCUGGGAAGUGGUCAACCUUGUGAAAAGCACACAACGCUCCCUGUAUGGGCUUCGAACUAACGUUGAUCAUGAGGUUCGGGUCCGGUGCAAAAUGCUAGGCGGGAAAGACUUUGGAGAAUUCAGCGACUCUGUAUUCAUCCACAUCUCCUCUAAAGUGUCAAGAUUCCCUGUGGCAGCUUUACUCAUCUUUGGUGCCUUGUGUUUAGUGGCCAUCCUGAUGUUGGUUAUCAUAUCGCAGCAGGAAAAGUUGAUGGUUAUUCUUUUGCCUCCUGUUCCUGGACCUAAAAUAAGAGGAAUUGACCCUGAACUACUCAAGAAAGGGAAGCUGAGGGAGUUGGUAUCCAUCCUGGGUGGCCCCCCUGAUUUGAGAUCGGAGCUGUACAACAAUGACCCAUGGGUGGAAUUCAUCGAUCUGGACAUUGAGGAGCAGAACGACAGACUGACAGACCUGGAUACGGAUUGUUUAAUGGACCGGUCCUUAUCAUCCAAUUGCUCUCCCCUUUCCAUUGGCUUCAGAGAUGACGACUCAGGCCGCGCCAGCUGCUGCGACCCGGAUCUACCCAGUGAUGCGGAAGCAUCACCUUUCCAUCCUCUCAUCCCAUGUGAAAUCGUUAGUGAGAACCAAUCAAACCCAGCAUCUUCUGAACCAAGCUCUCCAAUCCAAAGCUCUACCACUGGGGAGCCUCCUUUAGUAGCCCCGGUGAGAGAGGCAUUGUACACCCAGGUGAGCGAGGUGAGAUCAUCUGGCAAGGUGCUGCUGUCACCUGAGGAACAGACUGAGACGGCGAAAACCACUUGCAAAGACACAGAGAAAGACGUCAUAGAAGAAAUUCGGCUCUUGGUAGUGAAUGCAGACCAUGGAGGUUAUACCUCAGAGCUCAACGCAGCAAAAAUUAGCCCACGGUCCUCAAAGGACUUGGGAGAACCCUGUCAGACAGGAGAAAACUUGACCCCGGUGCAGUCCCCGUCAUCCGGGGACUACCAGAGGCCUUAUCACGAAUCAGACAACAACCAUGUGCCCCCUCUUCCUCCUCCUCCGGUCUACACUGUGGUAGAGGGCGUUGACAGACAGAACAGCCUCUUACUGACCCCAAACUCAACACCUGCACCGCAGCUGAUAAUACAAAAAACCAUGCCGACACCAGACGGCUACCUGACCCCUGACCUUUUGGGAAGCAUCACACCUUAGAUAGGCGAUGAACAAUUAAAGACUAUUCAGAAAGUUGAAGACUAUUUGAUAAAAGGCAAAGAUAAGUGUGGGAACAGUCUUUAAGAUUGAAGGUUGAGGGUCUAAAGGUUGAGUAUUGAAUGUCAACUCACCCUAAACUAGGUGGGGGAGGGACUUCUGUGUCUGUCCUACCUCCACCUCCUCAGACCUCCGCAGCACCCUCCGACAAGGCUCUAAAGUGAACAUGGUUGGACGUGUGAAUGAACAAGACCACAAAUGUGAUUUGUGUUUUACUGCAGUUGUUUAUAGGGAACUGAUACUCAAAACUGCCUCAAUAAUUCUAUACUCUGAUACUUAAAAAACAAAUAUUCAACACAACUAUCUUUCUCUCUUUUUAUUUCUAUCAUUUGGAGUUGUAUUUUUGUCCAGUUGAUGCUUAUUAGUUCUCUGUAGCUCCCCAUCAUAUCCUGAGAAAAAUAUCUUGCUCUUUAGCUGCUAAAUGCCACACUUUUUUCAUCAGCUAGUUGUUAAUUUUGUAUAUCUACCAUUUGGUGCCAUGAGCUAAAAUAUGCUCUGUAGAGCUGCACAGACAGUGAUCAUUUCCUGUGGUUUUAUAACUUGAGUGAUACCUUUUACAGUACAGGUAGUCAUUUCAUUCAAUGGUAAUAUGAAAAUAUCUAUUAAUGCAUGCACUUUUAAUGUUUAUUUUUAAUUUUUUUUUUUAAAGUUGGGGUUACAUGGUCAACAGUGUUGAAUGUGUACAGUUACUGCAUUUUAACUGUGCAAGUGAUAGUUACAAAUAAAGGACUUUCAUACUUUU